AUGAAAGAAAUUGCUAAUUCAUCGCUCAAUGAGCCCCGUGCUACUAGUUACAGUUCUAUUAUUAGUCCACAAGAGCGUACAGCCGAAUCUAAUCCAGUACAACCAGUUCAUAUAUCAACGUGGCAUAUAUUCAAACGUCAUUUACCCAAUCUUAUUCUAACAAUUAUUGUAGAUGUUAUACUUCCUAUCGUUUUCUAUUUUGUACUUCAAAUUUAUAUUGCACCUGUUUAUGCCAUAUCGAUUGCAGCAAGUCCUCCACUUAUAAUGAUGAUUAUCAAAUGUAUGUGGUCUCAUACAUUCGAUGCCAUCGGUUUUAUUGUAGUCACUGCACUUACAAUUUCAGCUAUUGUGACUAUUGCCAUCGAUAAUCCUCGUAUUAUGAUUAUUGAAAAACCGUGUACAGGUGUUGUGUUAUUACUUGCCUUUAUUAUAUCUCUCAUUCCUAUUAGAGUGAGAAAUUUCAAAUUAAAACCGAUUAUAUUUUAUUUUUAUGUUGAAUUAUUACCAAUGGAAAAAAUUCAAAUUGAAACAGAUGAUGUUGAUGAUGGAAAUAAUUUUGAUUAUAAAGAGUUAACAGAAGAUGAUGCCCUACCAAUUAAAACAGAAAGGUAUAUUUCUGAAGUAUACGAAUGGAUUUAUGAGCAUUGUCCAAAUUUUCGUUUAUGUUGCUAUCAACUAACAAUUUUGUGGUGUAUCAAUUUUUCGAUAGAAGUUGUUGGAGGUUUUCUUAUUUAUUUUUCAAAUUUAAAUUUGAAUGCAGCUGUUAUAUACGCUAAUUUAGUUGUACAAGGAUCUAGAAUAUGUUUUGCUAUUAUUACAAUUAUUUUUGUUAUUCGUGAGAGACGAGAAACGUUAAGAAAAAUCACACGCUAG